AUGUCUUCUGCAUUGCAUAUUCAUAUUGGAGGGGCUGGAGUAAUGAUUGGUGAUAUGUUAUGGAAACUUUAUGAAAAAGAAUACAAUGAAGCAACUUAGAAUAAUUAUAUUUAUGAAGAAGUUGAUGGGAAUCAUUAUCCAUUAGCAGUUUUCAUCGAUUCAGAUGACAGAAUGAUACAUGAAGUCUAAAGGGAUAAAACAGUAAAAUUUAGGAAGCAUUCAUUUUUACAUGGAAAAGAGGAUGCAUCAAAUUAUGCUAGAGGUUGGAAUGUAGGUAGGGAACUUCGAGAUUAAGGAUUAGAUUGUUUUCGAAAAUAAUAGAAACGAUGGAUAGAUUAGAUGAAUUUGUCGUAACAUAUUCAAUAAUUGGAGGAGCUGGGUCUGGAUUUGGCUAUGAAAUCAUGCAUAAUUUAAGUAUUGAUUUUGGAGAGAAAGUGAAUAAAAAGGGAUUUAUAAUUUUCCCUUCUUCUGAGAUGUCGAACAAUGUUGUUGGACUUUAUAAUGCUGUGCUUUCGAUUGAUACAAUGACUAGGUAUUUUGACUGCAUUACAGUGUUUGACAAUUAAUCAAUGUACAAUGCUAUUGAUCAUCAAUUAGAUUUAGACUUUGUUGAUUAUUAGCAUUUAAAUAACUUGGUUGCCCAAAUAAUUAGUUCGUAUACUGGAUUAAGAAGAUUUAGUUCUUAUGAUAACUCCAAGUUUAUUUCACAUUUGUGUCCUUAUCCUAUGGUUCAUUUUUUAAUUCCAUCAUAUGGCUAAAUGACUUUAAUUAAUAAUUACACUAGAAGAGAAUUAGAACAAGGACAAUUCAUUAAAUAUGUUACAAAAAAAGAUUAAAAGCUUUAUCAAUGCCCUUAAAACCCUUAUCAUCUUUCUACAACCUUAUUAUUUAGAUAAAAAGAAUUGGACUGUUUUUAUGGGAAAUAGGAUUUAACAUUAAAAAAUUUAGAUCAUUGCUUUGGCUAAAGAACAAAUAUUAUUCAAUGUAAAUCAUCCAAUUACUAAGUAUUACCUGAACUUGCAUCAAUGAAAUAAACUGGAACCUUCUUUUCAAAUGAUGCUUCAAUUGUUAGUAGAUUGAAUUUAUUAAAUCAUUAAUUUCAUAAAGUAUAUUCAAAAAGAGCUUUUGUACAUUGGUAUGUUGGUGAUGGUCUAGAAGAGAAAAUAUUUUGUGAAAGUUUUACGGAAUUAGAUAAAUUAAUAUAUUCAUAUGAAGAUUUGCUAAUUUUGGUGAAUGAACCAAAUGAGAUUUACAGCAAUGAUGAAUUGUGA